CUCGGUUUGCUGCUGUGGAGCAGACUGGCCCGACACUGAAGCUGGAGUAAGGCGGCGUUUAGAAGGGCUCUACGUCUCUUUUGAAGCCAGUGGACCACUGAGGGGAGGCUAUUUGAACACAGCGAUGACUCACUAGCCUCCUCCUUUUGUCUGGCAGCUGCCUGACUCCUUGAGACUGUGGAUAGCUUCACGAAGCCUUGGAGGCUAGGUGGACUGUUGAGAGAAGCCAUGUCUGCAGCACUAGGCAGGCCAAAGAUUCAGCCAGAGUCCUCCCUGCGGCUGGGAGGCCAGAGCCGACGGCUUGGUCUCUUGCUUGUGCUCCUGUCUCUCCCUGGUGUCACCUGGACAGAGGUGCAGACAACCCAGCUGCCAGAGCAGGCGCCAGCUCUCCAAGCCCUGAGCAGGAAGGAGAGUUUCCUGAUCCUCUCCCUGCACAAUCGCCUGCGCAGUCAGGUCCAGCCUCCGGCAGCCAACAUGCGGAGAAUGGACUGGAGCGAGAGCCUGGCCCAAAUAGCUCAAGCCAGGGCAGCCCUCUGUGGCACUUCAGCCCCUCCAAAUGUGGCAUCUGCCCCACGGCACACCCCGCAAGUGGGCUGGAAUGUGCAGCUGCUGCCCGUGGGAUCCGCAACCUUUGUCGAAGUGGUCAACCUCUGGUUUGCUGAAGGGCUGCAGUACAGACACGGGGAGGCUGAGUGUGCCCACAAUGCCACCUGCACCCACUACACGCAGCUGGUGUGGGCCACUUCCAGCCAGCUGGGCUGUGGGAGACAUCUAUGCUCUGUGGACCAGACAGUCAUGGAAGCCUUUGUCUGUGCCUACUCCCCUGGAGGCAACUGGGAUGUAAACGGGAAGACAAUCGCCCCUUACAAGGAAGGCUCCUGGUGUUCACUCUGCACAGCCAGCGUCUCGGGCUGCUUCAAGGCCUGGGAUCAUUCAGGGGGCCUCUGUGAGGUCCCCAGAAACCCAUGUCGCAGGAGCUGCCGAAAUCAUGGACAUCUCAACAUUAGCACUUGUCUCUGUCACUGUCCCCCUGGCUACACAGGGAGGUACUGCCAAGUGCGGUGCAGUGUGCAGUGUGUGCAUGGCCGGUUCCGGGAAGAAGAAUGCUCCUGUAUCUGUGAUGUCGGCUAUGGGGGAGCCCAGUGUGCCACCAAGGUGCACUUUCCUUUUCACACCUGUGACCUGAGGAUUGACGGAGACUGCUUCAUGGUGUCUUCCGAGGCAGACACCUAUUAUGGAGCCAAAAUGAAAUGUCAGGGGAAAGGUGGGGUACUGGCCCAGAUCGAGAGCCAGAAAGUGCAAGACAUCCUUGCCUUCUACCUGGGCCGACUGGAGGCCACGAACGAGGUGACUGACCGUGACUUUGAGACCAGGAAUUUCUGGAUCGGCCUCGGGCUUCUGGACUCUCAGAUGGGGGGCAACCUUGGCUACCCUGGCCCAGGACUCACCUACAAGGCAGCUAAGGACUCCUUCCGCUGGACUACUGGAGAACACCAGUCCUUCACGAGUUUUGCCUUUGGGCAGCCUGACAACCAGGGGUUUGGGAACUGUGUGGAAAUGCAGGCAUCUGCUGCCUUCAACUGGAAUGACCAACGCUGUAAAACUCGAAACCGUUAUAUCUGUCAGUUUGCUCAGGAGCACAUUUCCCUGUGGGAGCCAGGGCCCUGAGCCUGGCCAGGCAGCUCUCCUGCCAGCCUCUGAGUGCACAAACCAGUUUGCCUUGACUGCUCACCUGUGGGAAACACGGGCCUGGCUGGGACUGAAUGUCCAACAUCGAAAGAGGUCUCAGAACUUGCACAAUGCUGGACGUUGGGUAAGGGAAGCAUUGAAGCCUGUGGGAAAUGAAUUGGAGUCCUAAAGCACAGAGAGAGAAAGGCCAGGGACCGUUAGCCUGCUUUUGAGUGGAAAGAUGGGCUUCCAUGGACCCCCGAAGCCAAAGCCAAAGCCAGUGGCCAAAAGCUGUUCUGCUCCAUCUAGACCAAACUUCCUUGGGCAGCUGGAGUUUUCCAGACCAGAGGCUUCACAAAGGAAUAAAUGAUGUUAUGAAUCAGCA